GCUUCUUUCUUCUGCUCAGGCUUGUAUCAGAUCUCGCAGAACAAGGUGGCAGUGCUGCUCCUGGCUGGAGGGCAAGGAACCCGCCUGGGAGUGAGCUAUCCCAAGGGCAUGUACAACGUGGGGUUGCCCAGUGGCAAGAACUUGUAUCAGAUCCAGGCAGAAAGAAUCCGCAAAGUGGAGCAGCUUGCUGGCCAGAGACAUCACUGCAAGUGUGCCGUUCCCUGGUACAUCAUGACAAGUGAGUUCACAUUGGGGCCAACAGAAGAGUUUUUUGUACAACACAACUACUUCAACUUGGAUAGAUCCAACGUGAUCAUGUUUGAACAGAGAAUGCUGCCUGCUGUCACCUUUGAUGGGAAGGCCAUCUUGGAGGAGAAGGGGAAAAUUGCUAUGGCUCCAGAUGGCAAUGGUGGCUUAUACCGUGCUUUGGUGGAUAAUAAGAUCUUGGAUGACAUGAAGCAGCGUGGAAUCCAGUAUGUCCACGUAUAUUGUGUGGACAAUAUCCUCGUGAAAAUGGCAGAUCCAGUCUUCAUAGGUUUCUGUGUUUCCAAAGGGGCAGACUGCGGUGCAAAGGUGGUGGAGAAGGCCUACCCCACGGAGCCCGUUGGGGUGGUGUGCUGUGUGGAUGGGGUGUACCAGGUGGUGGAGUACAGUGAGAUUAGCCCGGAGACUGUGCAGCAGCAGCGCCCUGAGGGGGGACUGAUGUUCAGCGCUGGCAACAUCUGCAACCACUUCUUCACUGUUGAUUUCCUGGAAAUAGUGGCCCAGAAAUGUGAGCCGCAGCUGAAGCAUCACGUAGCCAUAAAGAAGGUGCCCUACAUUGACAAGGAGGGAAAUCUGGUAAAACCACUAAAACCGAACGGGAUAAAGCUGGAGAAGUUUGUGUUUGAUGUGUUCCAGUUCUCUAAGAAUUUUGUGGCAUUUGAAGUUUUGAGAGAAGAAGAGUUCUCGCCACUAAAAAAUGCAGACACGGCUGACAAAGACACUCCUACCACUGCUCGGCAAGCCCUUCUGGCCCAGCAUUACCGCUGGGCUCUCAAGGCUGGGGCCAGAUUUGUGGAUGAAAAUGGUUGCAGGAUACCAGAGAAACUCAGUCUCUCAGGAAGUGAAGAUCCUCCAGCUGUGUGUGAGAUUUCUCCAUUAGUGUCUUACUUUGGAGAGGGUCUGGAGGUGUACAUGAAGAACAAAGACUUCCCUUCUCCCUUUGUACUCGAUGAAACCAAGGUGGAAAUGCUUGAAAAUUCUUGAAGAGGGAAGCCUUUCCCCCUCAUCAGAUAUCCGUUUUUCAGAGCCAUUAUGAGAACUGACAUUACUAAAAUGUCAGCUAUGAAGUGCAUUAUAAAAAAAAAAAUCGCUUUGCAGUGUCUGAUUGAUGCCAAAUCCUUGCAGCAGUUGUGUUUACACACAUAUUCAUGCUUCCCAGUUCUGUUUGGUAACUUUGAAAGCUGGGCCUCUUACCUCAGUUUUGUAAACUUGGAUGUGAGUGACGAUUAACACCUUUCAGGUGUUAAACAUAUCUUAUAUUUCUUAUUUGCUGGGCACAUGAAUAUGGAAAAGAGCCAGCCAGGGCCUAAUAAAUCAGCUUUGCUUCCAAGAAGAUUAAAUCUCUUCAGUGCAUUGUUAGGUUUUUUGUUUGUGCUGGUGUGGUUGGUUUUUUGUUUUGGUUUUGUUUCUAAAUUAUGUGCACAGCUGCAAUCAGUUUGAGGCCCCAUCCUGAAAAGUUAGGAAGGACUGUGGGUAGAGGCCUUUCUCUGCAGUGAUACAUCUUUUCCCUAAUCCUGUGAUGAUCAGAAGAUCCAAUUCAGCAGCUGCAUUCUCUAAGCAGAUCAUACAGAGUCUGCUGUAUGUAGGGAUGUUGCUGUGCCUAAGCAUUGCUUGAGGUUUGGAUUCCAAAACAGUCAGACUAGUUUUGUACCUGGGCUUGCUGAUGUCUUGCUUGGACUGAUUGCUUCCGACAGCUUGUAGUGACCUGGGUUUUUUUUAAUUAAAAAAAAAAAAAAGUUGAUGAGAAUUUUUUUUCACAACCCUCUGCUCUUCCUAGCUAUAACAAACAUUUGUUUUCCUUUGCAUUUCCUGUUUAAUGUAUACCAUAUCCUGAGACGGGGCUCUCUCAGUAGUAAAAGGAACAAAUCCCGAUGGUAGAAUUUAAUGCUUACCCACAAAAAAAAAAAGGCUUACUCUCAGCAUCACCAGGGCACACAGUAAAACACCAGCCUUGCUUCUGCAUUUUCUGCCCAGGGGGUUUUCCAGCACUCUUUCACUUAGGAAAUAAUUCCUUAGAUGCCUUCCUUUUAAGUACAUUACUAAACAUCAUGUAAAGAUGAGUGUUAGCUAAUGAAGGAUGUUAAUUGUCAGAACAUAUGUAGCAUGUGAACUCAGUCCUGGCCAAGGGAUCCCAGGAUGGCCGUGAUCCACCAGUGAUUGUUCCUGUUCAGCCUUUGGACGCUGUCCCGGGAAGCUCAUGCUCACCUGCUGCAGAACCUGCGCUGAGCAAACCUGAGUCAUUUCAGCCUUGGUGAGGGUGGUGGCUGGUCUUUGCUUCAGGAGCACUCUAUACGUUUCCACUAAACCUGGUGCUAGGAAAGGUAGUGAGGAAGAUGUUUCAUCUGCAAUGUUAUUUAGUGCAUCAGCUUCUACUAAGGAAUUGCUGAUGAUAUUUCAUUAAGCAUAAAUAACUUCCAUGGCUUUCUGCAAUUCCUGAUGUGAAGCUCUAUUCAGAAUGUUGGGUAAGUAUAAAAAUGGCUUUGAGAAUAAAUACAGUUUGUAAGUAGGCUCAAGUUUUCCAAAGAAAGCAUCUAAAUGUUAAUAUCAGAGUUUUUGGUUAUAAAGUGUUUCUGCGUGAACUUGAGUAACGAGCCUUUCACACAUGCAGACCAGCUAAUGACAGUUCUAAUUACCUCAGCUGGCAUGUGCAGCCAGUAAUUCUCAUUUAGUAUAAAUGAAGCAUUUGUCAUGACACUCAGUUCUGUAGUCUUUUUGCACAGUGUUUCUGUGGUACAUUCCUUUCCUGUCAGUCAAGUUUUAUGUCCGAGAAGAAGUUGUGUUGUAUCUUUGUGAGUAUUGCUCAGCAAUUCUGGCACACGCUUGUUUUACGCUGCACUGUGCUAUAAAGAUUUCUUUUGCUCUUCAUAAAGUACUUUCUCUUUUGAAGCUUCACUUCCUGUGUACACAGAGCUGCUGAUACGGUUUUCAAGGUUGUUUUCAAGGAAAAGCUGUAUUAGAAUGUUGAAGGCUUUGUCUGUUGGGCUUUUUUUUUUUCUCUGUGACUCUUCACAUUUUAAACUGGAACAUAGAAAGAAUUUUGAGAGAACUUUUAAAAAAAGAAAUCUGUCCAGUAUGUAACAAAGUCUUUGUAUGCAUUAUAAAAUGAAAAAAGUACCCAAAACAAAGGGAAGUCCUGUAGUACUUCAGAAACUUCUGGACAUCUAAGCAUUUUUACAAUAAAGAUGUUACUGUGA